GAGCGCGUCCACCGCCGGAGGGCCCGGAGGGGGGGUCCUGCAGCUCAAGGCAGCCAAUGGGGCCUCCGGGGCGGGGCUGGGCGGGGCGACGCUGGACGGCGACCUGCACGGCCUCUUCCUGCAGCCGCACCACCAGCAACAACAGUUGCUCGUCAAGCGGGAGCCCGAGGACCUGAGUCACCGCAAGCAACAGUCGUCGCCAGGACUGGCAGGCGGCCGCAGCAGCAGCAACGGCAGCAGCAGCAGCGGCAGCGCGAAGCUGGUGCUCGCCAACGGAGGUGCCGGCGCCGAGCACGGCGACGGGUUGGACGUGAUCAAGGACGAGUACAAGGCCAUGGCGUACUCGACGCAGAUGUUCGGCGGCCAGCCCGCGCCCCAGGGCCACCACGGCAGCGGCACGCCCUCACCGGGGCCCUACAACGACAUGCAGUACGCGGCCGCGCCACCGCCCGGCCCGCAGCAGCCCGUCUACAUGAGCCCCGUCCCCAACCUCAGGACGUCCGCGCCGCCGCCCACCUCGUCCAGCUUCGCGACGGUACCCGAGCGGUACUACUCGGACUACUUCCCCCCAGUGCCCGACCAGGGCUACGCGACGUUGCGGCAGCAGAUACCCACCUACAUGGACCCCGCCGGGGAGGCGGCGGGCGGCCCCACGGUCUCCACCUCGGACUUGGUGCGGUCGUACGUGCGGACGAGCGCCUACAACCACAACAAGGGCGUGAUCGCGGCCGCCACGGCGGCGGGCCUCACCGUCGACCUGCCGUCUCCGGACAGCGGCAUCGGCGCGGAGGCCAUCACCCCGAGGGACCAGACCGCCAUACAACAG